UCCCUGAAACUCACAUUCUUGGGAGUAUGGAGCCACUUUAACGAAAGUGUGGACUAUUCAAGUUUUACCUUUGCACGAGAUAAUCAAUUAGCACGUGCGAGCUCGUUCAACCCCCCCGAGUCAAUACCGCGCGAGGAGCCCGGGCGCUUUCUCCUCAGAUGUAGCAGCUCUGCUCGGGAGUUGGGACCGCUGAACAUCUCCGUCCGACAGCGAGUGCGAGAGCGAGAGAGAGAGGGGACGUGAGCGGAAGGGAGGCAAAAAUCACAGACAAGCCAAGCUGUACACGCGCAACGCCAAUUUGGGCGUGCAGUAAGGCGCCAAACAAAGUAAGCUAGCAUUAACCGGAUAAAUACAAACACUGAUAUUUAAUUUUUCCCUGGACGUGUUUCCGCUGCUUGGAGAGCGUUGUUAGACUGUGUUGUGGCAAGAAGGUGAUCCCCCGGCGUUGUGGAAAGACUGCUCUGUGUGUAUUAUCUCUUUUUUUCUUUCUUGUUUGCUGUGGAAAUUACUGGAAGUUCUAGUUUUUGACGUUUAACGGUAAACGGUAAAGGAAACGGUGAAUGCAAAUCCGGUAUAUGACUCCGGCCGCUGGGUUCAACAACUAAACAGACUUGAAACGCCGUUUUUUCUCUCUCUCCACAUUGUAUAGUAGGCUGUGCUGUUUGGUUGACUGAAAUGUGAGACACUAGUGAAGUCGAUACAUUACAAACUGCUGCAUCCAGCUGUUUCAUUAGUCACUACUGUAACCUUUUUUUUGGGAUUGGAUAUGCGAAGCAAACUUUUUAAGAAUGAAGAGAAGAAAAUUCCCAUAGGACGUCUCUGUUGUCUGGUUACAUCGCCGCCGUCCGCUGAACUGGAUCUGUGUUGUUAUUUGAGUCUUUUCCAAGCCUUCAUUUCCAUGUUGUGGAGACAGGAGAAAUGACAUGCGUCUGGGAUGGGGAUAUAGUGCGCUAACAUACACUUGCAACAUUGCCUGAUUAUCGAGCAGAUAGUGAAUGAUUAAGACAUCCAGCGAGGGUAGGGAACCGUAGGGAGUGUAGUGCCUGCUUGUGCGCCGUGAACCGCCGCUUCCAGCCCGCUGUGAGCCAGUUCGAGGACUCGGUUACUUUGUGUGGAGAGUCUCCGGAGCCGAUAUGGAGGAGUGGAGACAAUGCGGCCGGUGGUUGAUAGACUGCAAGGUCCUGCCCCCGAACCACCGGGUCGUGUGGCCCUCAGCGGCCGUCUUUGACUUGGCACAGGCCCUUCGAGACGGGGUGCUCUUGUGCCAGAUGUUGCACAACCUCUCGCCAGGAUCAGUGGACCUGAAGGAGAUAAAUUUCAGACCCCAAAUGUCACAGUUCCUGUGUUUGAAGAACAUCCGGACAUUUCUCAAGGUGUGCCACGACAAGUUUGGCCUGCGCAACAGCGAGCUGUUUGACCCGUUCGAUCUCUUCGACGUCAGGGACUUUGGCAAGGUAAUCUCCGCUCUGUCAAGGAUCUCCCACCACAGCAUCGCACAAAUCAAAGGCAUCAGGCCCUUUCCAUCAGAGGACACAGCUCUGAAUGAGGAUGAUGUGUACCGGAGCCUUGAAGAGCUGGCAGAUGAGCAUGACUUGGGUGAGGAUGACAUCUACGACUGUGUGCCGUGUGAGGACGAUGGCGAUGACAUCUAUGAGGACAUCAUUAAGGUGGAAGUACGACAACCCAUGAUCAGAUACAUGCAGAAAAUGGGUAUGACAGAAGAUGACAAGAGGAAUUGCUGCUUAGUGGAGAUCCAGGAGACUGAAGCAAAGUACUACAAGACUUUAGAGGACAUUGAGAAGAAUUACAUGAUCCCGUUGAAGCAAGUCUUGAGUUCACAGGACAUGGAGGCUAUCUUUGUCAAUCUUGAGGAUGUAAUCAAAGUCCACUUUGCCCUGCUGCGAGCCAUCGACCUGAACAUGGUUACUGGAGGAAGCGGCCUGGGGAAGAUCUUCCUCGACUUCAAGGAAAGGUUGUUGAUCUACGGUCAGUACUGCAGCCACAUGGAGAACGCCCAGAAGACACUGGAUGAGCUAAUAGCAACACGAGAGGACGUCAAGAUUAAAGUAGAGGAAUGUACUAUGAAAGUGCAGGAAGGUAAAUUCAAGCUGCAGGAUCUUCUGGUGGUUCCUAUGCAGAGGGUGUUGAAGUAUCACCUACUACUAAAGGAACUAUUGAGUCACUCAACGGACCGACCAGAGAGACAACAGCUCAAGGAGGCUCUGGAGGCUAUGCAGGACCUGGCCAUGUACAUUAACGAAGUCAAGAGGGACAAUGAGACGCUGAAGAAAAUCAGCGAAUUCCAAAGUUCAAUAGAAAAUCUUCAGCAAGUGAAACUGGAGGAGUACGGGAGGCCAAAGAUAGACGGAGAGCUGAAGGUGUGCUCCAUCGUCAACCGAACCAAACAGGACCGGUAUAUAUUCCUGUUUGAUAAAGUGGUCAUUGUCUGCAAGAGGAAAGGCUAUAGCUAUGAGCUGAAAGAGAUUAUUGAGCUGCAGUCAUAUAAAAUGUCGGAUGACCCCAUGAACAACAGGGACAUGAAAAAGUCGAGUGGAAAAAUGUGGUCGUACGGUUUUUACCUGAUCCACCUGCAAGGGAAGCAGGGCUUCCAGUUCUUUUGUAAAACUGAGGAGACAAAGAGGAAGUGGAUGGAGCAGUUUGAAAUGGCCAUGUCCAACAUCAAGCCAGAGAGAGCCACAGCCAAUCAGCAUAACUUUCAAAUGCACACAUUUGAUAAGAACACCAACUGUCGAGCCUGCAAGAUGCUUUUAAGGGGCAUCUUCUACCAGGGCUACUACUGCUCUCGCUGUGGAACAGGAGCACACAAAGAGUGUCUGGAAGUCAUUACCAUCUGUAAAAUCAAUCCUCUUGACUUGGAACCUGGAAUGUCAUCAGGUCCCAAGAUGGUGGCAGUGAGGAACUACCAUGGCACACCAGCACCUGCAGGGAAGACACCGCUCUGUUUUCAGACAGGAGAUUUUAUCGAGUUGCUGAAGGGAGAUCCUGACACCACAUGGUGGGAGGGAAAGCUGAUACAAACACAAAAAAGUGGCUUCUUCCCCAGUUCAUGUGUAAAACCUUGUUUGGACCCAAAGCCCUUCCAGUCAUUAUCCAGCCGGCAGUCCUCAAGGGAAUCAGACUACUAUGGAUAUCCUUGGUUUGCUGGGAACAUGGAGCGCCAGCAGGCAGAUAACCUUUUAAAAUCCCACAGCAGUGGGACCUACCUUAUCAGAGAGAGGACAGCCGAGGCGGAGAGGUUCGCCAUCAGCAUCAAAUUCAAUGAUGAAGUAAAACACAUCAAAGUCAUUGAAAAAGACAGCUGGAUUCACAUCACUGAGGCCAAGAAGUUUGAGAGUCUUUUGGAGCUGGUGGAGUACUAUCAGGCCCAUUCAUUGAAAGAAAGCUUCAAGUUGUUAGAUACCACAUUGCGAUACCCCUACAAGUCAAGAGAACGCUCACUAACACGGGCCAGUACACGCUCGCCAGCAGCUACCUGCGCCUCCUACAACUUCUCCUUCCUAAGUCCGCAGGGCCUCAACUUCUCUUCUCAGAGCUCAGCUCCCUUUUGGUCAGUGUUCACUCCACGGGUGGUUAGUACAGCAGUGGCCCGCUAUAACUUUGCAGCACGGGACAUGAGAGAGCUGUCACUGCGAGAAGGAGACAUCGUCAAAAUCUACAGCAAGAUCGGUGGAGACCAGGGCUGGUGGAAAGGAGAGGCCAACGGACGAAUUGGAUGGUUUCCCUCAACGUACGUGGAUGAAGAAGGAGCGCAGUAAGUCUUGGAUGUUUGCCGGCCCGGCUCCUUCUAAAUCAGGAACCAUCUUCUACUGUUCUCAGAGAAAAAAUACUCACUCCUCCAGGAAAAUCACAAAAGGAAAAAAAAGAACCUUUUUGUCGUUUUUGCUGGAUACUCAUCUUUCAACGAGUGCUUCUACCCUGUUUCUUUAUCCCCAGUUAUGCAUCAGCUUUGCUCUGUUUGUACAUUUUUUUUAUGUGCAGAAUUCUCUGUUUAAUUUCUGUACAGGAAAGAAGAAAAACUGUCUUGUCUGUCAGCCUCCGUGUGCUCUGCAGAGGCUUUAUUGAACUGAGGACACAGCAGAAACUGACUGUGGAUAGCUUUACUUUGAAAAAGGCUCCCUUUUGUUGCAGGUCUAUGCGAGGUGAAAUAAUUGUACAGUAUAGAUAAUUUAUUUAAUAGAGAUUAUUAUCAUUACUAAUGAAUAUUGUGGGGAAGUUGAUUUUAGCAGCAGCAUUACGGAAUCAGACGAGAAAAACUAAAAUAAGAAAGAAAAAAAGACAGAUGCUCUGUUUUAAUGUCGAGAGAUUUUGCCUUAGUUGUCAUGGUGAUGCCUUGUGGGUUGACUUCAGUGGAGGGAAUAAACUUUGUUGACUGGUUUUACUUCUCCAUGUAUGCAUGUGCCCAUGUGCGGCCCACACAAACACACACACACAGACCAAUGUACAGUACGGUGCCUUUGAAGAAUGGUCGUUGCUUACUGAACCUCAACAUCAGCCAGUAAAGAACAUUGCCAUCCCCAAAAGACAGUUUGUCCACAUCCAGAGGACUUUACCAACGGAGGGGAGAGACACUUAUACUAAAUACUGGGGAUGGCUCGCCUUCUGAGCCCUGGAAUACAAGAUGGUGAAGCAUUUAACUUAUCCGAACAGGUGACUAGAUGGACUCACAGAGACAGCCUGAGGUUUUUUUUUUAGCCAACAACAAUCACAUAGACUGUUCACAGCAGUCUUGGCGUCACAAGUCAAUGGGUGCAAUCAGCUGGAUGCAAAAGGGAAACAUCAAGACAUUCCACUGGACAACCACUAUACACUUUUAAAUGUGUUUAUUGUUUGAGUUUUUUUGUUGUUGCACAGAAACAAGAUAAUUUUUUUUAAGUUUUGAGAACUGGACCAUUUAUUAUUUGAAGCCAAAUUCAGCCAUGUUUUAAUGUCUGCAUGGAGUUUGUUCAAUUGUUAUGAUUUUUGUACUUUGCCUUAUUUUUAUAGAUGAUCAGGUGACGGGAUUUUUUUCCCCCUUAAUGUUAUUCAUUUUUCAUGUGUGAAAUUUGGUGCUGUGCAGACUGGUGAAAUUAAACAAUGUCAAAAGAUUUUUAAUCCGAAGGAAAAUGUACAUGCUAAUUAACAUAAAUCCAUAGAAGGAUCCCUUCUUAAUUUUUGUGAUUUUUCUAGGGGUGCAGUGCUCAGUGUUUCCAUUCAAUUCCAGUAAUUAAUUUCCUAAUGCA